AGAAGGCAGGGUGUCACCCACCCACAUAUAUAUACAAUACAGGGCCGGGAUCACAUACUUAUACACACAACAUCACGGUAGACGUCGCAGUAGUUUAUGAAUGUAGUAGUCGGUAAAACUAUAAAAUACGGCAGCGCGGUACACACACACGUAGCGAAUAUAGGACUCUCUCUCUAUUUAUAAGCCAGGCAAAGGCAGAAAUUGAAUCAAUCGCUCGCGCCAGAGACAUUCGCUCAGCGAACUUACUGUUUUCCGUUACAACACGUGAAAGGAGCUCGCGGAAUGCAGAUAGAAGGCAAGGUUGCGCUGGUGACGGGAGGUGCUCAGGGUCUCGGAUAUGCAUUUGUGCAAGCACUACUCGACAAAGGGGCGAAGAUUUGUUUCUGUGAUAUAAACACCAAUCAAGGCGAAGCCACACUGAAACAACUCUCCGAUAAAUAUGGCGCGGGAAAUGUCAUGUUCCGGCGCUGUGACGUCACCAGCCAGAAAGACAUGGAAGAGCUAUUUAAGGCAACAAAGGAUCGUUACGGACGAAUUGACAUCGUAUGUAACAAUGCUGGUAUGGGCGGGGAGACGUACCCGCAAUGGGAGCAAGUCGUCGACGUGAAUAUCAAAGGCAUGACGCGGGGCUCGUUUAUAGCCUUUGAAUACCUACGAAAUGACAAGGGCGGGAACGGAGGUGUCAUCGUCAAUAUCUCGUCUGCGGCAGGUUUGUCGGUCAACCCUAUGUCACCCGUAUAUUGUGCCACGAAGACCGCCAUCAUUGCACUUACCAGGUGUCUGGCUAGUAAUGAGGAGGUGCGGAAUUGUGGUAUACGGGUAAACACUCUGUGUCCCUCCUUUGCUGAUACAGACCUCGUGAAGCAGAUUUCGCCAUUUACACUACACGACGACGCUGAGACGAAAAUGGAAAACAGUGCAAAAGUCACUAAUUUCCUCAGUGCACAUGGUCUUAUGACGACAGACACGGUAGCGGAAAGUUUCAUGGAACUAGUAAUGGACGAAACAAAAAAUGGUGCCGUUCUCCGAGUAUCUAAAGGGAAAGGAAAUGAAUACUGCAAGAUAGAAGUCAGUGUGUGAGACUGGGAGUGUCUGUUAAUAUUCCUACAUUUGGAAUUAACCUUAAAUGAUACCAUACUUUAUCGUUUAAACAUGUCACUUUCCUCUGAUUGAUAGAAUCAGGUGGCAGUGUUACAACUUACCAAUAUUUGAUUACUGUGCGGUAAUUUUAUGCUGUUCGUAUAUGCAUUCAUAUUGUGUAUAGUCAUUCAAAAAGCUUCCAUUUAAAUAUUCUACUUACUAAUCGGAAUAUGUUCUAUCAUCUAGAGGAAAAUGGGAUGUUUAAGUGCCGUGCCGUACUGAAAAUUAACUUUUAUAAUACGCCGGUGCUAGAAGCUUUUACAAUCAUAUUGUUUGUCUUUAUGUUUGUAAAUUAUACGUGGAUAGAGGUUGUGAUUCUCCGUUCGUAAAAUCAUCUCUUUUUAUUUAAAACUUCACUGUCGCUAUUUAAAUCAUAAACAUGGAUAAAAAAGACAAUAGCACAAGGGUAUUCUUCUAUUAUUAAAAUAUGUCAUUUACUAGUAGUUAAAAAGCAGCAUUUUUUUAUUUUUAUUUUUAUCUGUCAUCAGUAUAGAUUAGGAUUGAGGUGCCACAUCCUUCAUCAUGCACGGCAACAUUGUACAAAACAUUAAAAUUUUCUUUUAUGUUUAAAAAAAAUAUUUUACAAUAAGGUGUAUGUAGGUUCACCACAUGUUUUUGCAUAUAUAAAAGGUUGUGAAUGAGGUCUUUAAAUCGCAAUUUGUUUUAAUGCUAUGUUUAUGUUUCUGUGAAUCGUAUUAGCAAUGUGUGUUGUGUUUAUAACAAAGUAUCAUAUAACGUUUGAUGUUGUGAUUGUAUCUACUGUUUUAAGUUGUUCGAUAAGAUUAGCUUUUUGAUGUCUUAAUACCCAGAUAGCUAACUCGUACCAGCACAUUGUACUGUUGUACAGAUGCAUACAUAUUACGAGGUUUGAUACAAGCUUGAAUAGUUGUCAGCUUGGAGGAAAA